GUGAAAGGGUUAAGACACUUUAGAAAAGUAGUGGUAGAGACGUUCAGUGGUUGGUGUUACUGAUCAGGAAGAGUCCCCAUGGGAGCACAUUGUCUGUGCUGUGGAAGUUUCUUCUGGACGCUGUACGGUAUGGACGACUCGGUGGCUGCGUCGGAGGACUCCGGACCGGGCAGGAGGCGAAGGGUGCACGGUAUGCUGAAGCUCUACUACGGCCUGAACGAGGAAGGAAAGGCCGAGGAGCAGCCGGAGUCCCUGGAUCCCUGCGACAUCAACGGGCCGCAUUUCGACCCUGAGCUCUUCCUCAACAAGCUGAGGAGGGAGUGCUCUCUCGCGGAGCUGAUGGACCAGGAGACCUGCAUGGUCAAGCAGAUCCGCUCUUUGGAUAGUGACAUGCAGACGCUGGUGUAUGAAAACUACAACAAGUUCAUAUCUGCUACAGACACUAUCAGAAAGAUGAAGAAUGACUUCAAAAAGAUGGAGGAUGAAAUGGAUUGCCUGUCUGCUAACAUGGCGGCAAUCACUGAGUUCAGUGCUCGUAUCAGUGGCACUCUUCAAGACCAGCACACACAGAUUACGAAACUCUCAGGGGUUCACACCCUGUUGAGGAAGCUGCAGUUUCUGUUUGAACUGCCUGCUAGAUUAAAUAAGUGUCUGGAGCUGCAGGCCUAUGCUCAGGCAGUGAGAUCCCACCGCCGUGCCCGCUGUGUGCUGCAGCAGUACAGCCACCUGCCCUCCUUCAAGGGGAUCCAGGACGACUGUCAUGCCAUCAUGGACAAGCUGGCUCAGGAGCUUCGACAGAAGUUCAGGGAUGGAGGGUCUAGCGCCAAAGAUUUAUCAGAGUGUGUGGAGCUGCUGCUACAGUUGGAUGAGCCAGCUGAAGAGCUCUGUGAUAAAUUCCUGAGCCAUGCACGGUCGCGACUUGAGUCGGACCUCCAGGGUCUGGAAGCAGAGAUAAGACCGUACCCGUCCGCCUCAGCUAUGAAAGAUGCUCCUGCACGCAGUUUGUCAUCUACCGCAGCCGCCGGAUCCCCGACUGAUAACUCCCCGAGCACUAUACCCUCUCCCACCUCAAACACCGACAUCCUGGAAUUCAUUGACAGAGGCUGCAACGAAUUUGUCAGCAGCUUAUGUUUAGUAAUAACAUCCUAUCAAGAACUAUUCGUCAACCAUGCUCAGAAAGGUGAGCUGGCAUCCAAAAAUAUCCCUCAGAUGGCAAAUGGGAAGUUGCAUGCCUUUGUGGAUGAUCUGGCGGCUCGGUAUUUCUCGCUUGUGGAGCGGAGGAUACAAGAGGAGAAAGGGGUCGCAGAUAACUCCCUGUUAGUCCGCGCACUCGACCGCUUCCACCGCAGACUUCAGGCCGUGGCCAAACUGCUGCCAGGCUCUGCCGUGCCAAACCAGGGGACUGAGAUUGUGAUCCGCGCAGCAACAGAGCGAGUCAAGCAGUACCUCUCUGCCCUGCAGAGCUUCUACAUGGACAGCUUGACAGACGUGAGGCAGGCCCUGGCGACGCCCCGGCUCUCUGUGGCCAGCGCCUCAGUGGCCGGAGGCGGGGCUCUUCUAGGGGGGCCGGCCUCGGGAAGAGACGCUCCCACCAGCCUGCCAGAGCUGCUGUCCUCCCUGUCAGCCUCUAUUCUCAAUCAAAUUAAGUCAGUGCUGGCGUCCGUGCAUCUCUUCACAGCUAAGGACAUUACAUUUUCCAAUAAGCCGUACUUCAAGGGUGAAUUCUGCAGCCAGGGUGUGCGUGAGAGCCUGGUGGUGAGCUUUAUAAAGUUUGUGUGCCAGUCGUCUCGCCAGUUUUGUGAGAGCGCGGGAGACAAGGGAGGCUCCACUCCUCCGGCCCUCCUGUUGCUGCUGUCCCGCCUCUGCUUGGACUAUGAAACCUCAACUAUCUCCUACAUACUCACUCUCACAGAUGAGCAGUUCCUUGUGCAGCACCACAGCCCCGUAACACCCGUCACAACUUUAUGUGCAGAGGCCAGGGAGGCAGCACAGAAACUACUGAACCAUUAUGUAAAGGUUCAAGGCCUAAUUAUCUCCCAGAUGUUAAGAAAGAGCGUGGAGACACGAGACUGGGUAAACACCAUCGAGCCACGAAAUGUCCGUGCUGUGAUGAAGAGGGUGGUAGAGGACACCACCUCGAUUGACGUGCAGGUUGGUCUUUUGUAUGAAGAAGGUGUGAGGAAAGCUCACAGCAGUGACUCCAGCAAAAGGACCUUCUCUGUCUACAGCAGCUCGAGGCAGCAAGCCCGCUAUGCUGCCAGCUACACUCCAAGUGCUCCCAUGGAUACGAAUCUACUGAGCAACAUUCACAAGCUGUUUUCUGAGAGGAUUGACAUCUUCAGCUCAGUGGAGUUCAACAAGGUCUCUGUGAUGACGGGAAUUAUCAAAAUCAGUCUGAAGACAUUCCUGGAGUGUGUCCGCCUACGUACUUUUGGCCGUUACGGGCUGCAGCAGAUCCAGGUCGACUGCCACUACCUGCAGAUGUACCUGUGGCGGUUCGUCUCCGAUGAGAACCUCGUGCAUUUCCUGCUGGAUGAGAUAGUGGGUAGCUCUGCCCACCGCUGCCUCGAUCCUGCCCCGAUGGAGCAGAGUGUGAUUGAAGUCAUCUGCGAGCGAGGUUAAAGCUGCACAGACAGCUGCUGCACUCCAAACACUGUACACAGUCAAAAUGACAAUUUACAGUGGAAUAAUGCAUCCAUAUUUGAACACUCUUAAUAUUACAUAACUGCAGUACUGUUAAAUGUUCAAUUUGUUGAUUCAUAUUCAAAUUAUACCGUGAAAAUGCUCAAACAUUUGUGAUUAUCUCAAUACCCCUGUUACAAGUCGGCUAAACUCCAGUGAAGCUCUGCAUAAACAGUUAACUUUGUGUUUGAAGUAUAGGGACAGCACUUUAAUGACCUUAAAUUUAUGAAUAAAUCACCCAACACUAAAGAAUUGUCAAGAAGUCAUUGACUGGCAUUGGAUUUGGGACAGUUGCAUCAUAUUCCAGACACUUGCCAUGCAAAAGUGCACACGCGCACCUCUAGGUCUUGGUUUUAAGGUUAAAAUUUGAGCGAAGAAACCCCUCUCAUCUAUCUUCAAAGAUGGAACCAAAAUGAAUUAUCCAUGAUGCAGCUAAACUUUUUUAGCACACAUUCCCCUUGAAGGUAUCAUGUUUAAUGUGAAUGCAAAAUCUGAGUGACCGAAUAAAAAAGCUCUGUGGAAAUCUCAUGUAUUAAUAAAUGCUUUUAGCGGUGAUGCUGAAUAAUUUGCAAUCUGAAUGUCAUCCGACUGUGUAAUCCCUGUGUAACACUACAGUAAGUGCUUCAAUGUUACAGGAUCUCUUGCCUUCAGGUUACCUGGUGUCUGUUUUCUGUGCACGUCCUCCACAGAUUAACAGUAUGUUGAGGAACCAUUCAAAGGUGUAUAUAUCAAAUGAAAAAAAAACAACAAAAAAAUACAAUAAAAGU